AUGGUUACCCCGAAUAUUUAUUCCAUGAAACCUUAUAAUUCUACGCUUUGUUCUCAAAUCAAUAACUCGACUGCAACUGAACAAACUGAACUUCACUAUGGUUAUCAUAAUAACAACAGUUAUGAGAAUUUGAACAGUAACAGGCGCGCACAGUUGGGGUUUUUGUUACACAGUCCAUUGCAUAACACUGCGGUUAGUCAGUCACAGAGGACAGUACCUAUAUGUAACUCGACGAAUAGUCAAGUUCAAUCUUUAUUGAAUGAAAGCAGUAGUAAAGGGACUUCCAAAGUUGCCGCAAAUGAUUUCUGUAGAUCGACAAACAAAUCCAGUGACUGUAUAUAUUCAGCGGAUAAAUUUUCUUUUGAUAACCGCAAUGAACAUGUAAAGUUUAAACAAACAUUUCCUGCGCCUAACAUUGAAACAUUGAAUCCGAAUUUGUACACACUAAAUACACAACAACAAAGUCAAAAUAACAACUGUUCAGAGAAUUGUUUCUAUACGGGAUUAUCAAACUAUCCUAGUGUUGGUAAUUAUUUCGAUGAUAAUUAUGAUGAACAUUCGAAAAAGAAGAGAAAGGAAGAAAUGCCAAUUUAUUCAUCAUCAGCAAACAACACAAGUAAUCAGCCUUUGAUUCCACUUUUUAAUUCAUCUGUUUGGGAUUCAACCAAUUGGAAGCAUUUGGCUGUAAUAGCACAUAAUUCCUGUCAACAAUCAAUCAGUAAUCCACCAAUUUAUAAUCAUAUGGCAGGAACUUUAAAAGGAGACAACGAUAAAAACAGUAAUAAUACUGUUAAAUAUAUAGAACAAGUGGCAGGAAGUUUAUCCGCCCCUCUUACUCGAUCGAAUAUCUCAAUGUCAGAUCCAGUUUUCACAGAAAAUAAUCUAUCCAGCUUAAAUUCUUCUGGUUAUAAUGAUCCUUCGGUAUUCACCAGUCAGUUAUCUAGUUAUUUUGCGAAGAAUUCUAAGAACUCAAAAGAUUGUAGUAGUAUCUCAUUACUACCAUCGCUAUUAGCUGAAUGUUCUGCUUCAUCGACUUUGAUGACAACAGAUGCUACUGGACCAUUGUUACGAACCGACCCAAGUAACUAUGACCAUAGCAUUCUACAGUAUAAUAAUGUGCCGGCUGCUGUUUCUACUGUUCCAAUGACACAGUCAUACAAUACUUCCCAUCUAAACAGUUCAUUUCAAAAAUUUUAUCAUGAUUAUGAAAAAAAGAUGUAUAAUAGUUAUAACCUUGAAAAUACGAACAAUGUCAUCUUCAAUUCUGAUAAUAAUAACCACAAUAAUUCAAAAUUUUCAAAAAAUAAUCAUAAUCGAGAGUUUAUUGCUCAAAAGGCAAUGAAUUCACUAUUCAGUGAUCACUAUGUGACUAAUUUUUCCGAACUAAAUAAAGACUCGAAUAUACAGGAACAGUUGGAAAAUAUUUCAGUAUUGUAUAUUAAAAUCUGGCAAACAUUCUUCAAAAGCAAUCGAAUUUCUAUGAUUCGUAUCAUUCGAGAAGAAACAACAAAUUUUCCUAAAUUUGUAAAUGUUUACAAAAAUAAUAAACGACUAACCAGUCAAGGUGUUGCAUAA